AUGAACAAGAAGUCAUACAGAGCGGUUACGAGCGCAUACUACAGAGGAGCAGUUGGUGCGAUGCUUGUUUAUGAUAUUACCAAACGUGAGACCUUUGACCACAUCCCUCGUUGGCUUGAAGAAUUGCGAGCGCAUGCUGAUAAGAACAUUGUGAUCAUCCUCAUUGGUAACAAGUCUGAUCUCGAAGAUCAGAGAGCCAUUCCCACUGAGGACGACGCCAAAGAGUUUGCUGAGAAGGAAGGUCUUUUCUUCCUCGAGACGUCUGCAUUGAACGCGACCAAUGUGGAGAACUCCUUCAACACUCUUAUGACAGAGAUCUUGAACACGGUUAACAAGAAGAGUCUCUCAUCUGUUGGUGAGUCAAAUAACCCUGGUUCGUUGGCUGGUAAGAAGAUUGUCAUCCCAGGUCCAGGACAGGAGGUUCCCGCUAAGACCAGCACGUGCUGUAGUUCUGCUUGAUCUGUGUCGUUUACAAAAGCAAAAUUCAUUUGUCCCGUCCGUCUCC